AUGGAACACCCGGCAUUCGCUGACGCCGGCGCAGGUCCUGGUUUGGAAAUAUGGACCAUUGAUAAUUUUGAACCUGUGGCUGUUGAGCCGGGAAUGCAUGGAAAGUUCUACACUGGCGACGCGUAUAUAGUCUUAAAGACGUCCGGCGAUGACACAUCGACCCUCUCCUACGACGUGCAUUUCUGGCUUGGAAGCCAAUCAAGUCAAGAUGAGCGCGGGGCUGCUGCCAUCUUAACAGUGACCUUGGAUGACCAGCUCGGAGGAAGAGCAGUACAGCAUAGGGAGGUUCAGGGACACGAGUCGAGUCUUUUUGUUGGUUAUUUUAAACCUGCGCUUCGAUAUUUGGAAGGUGGAAAUGCGUCUGGUUUCAAAGAAGUCGAAAUAAACGCUGGUGCUGACAAGCGCCUCCUCAAAUUGUCUGGCUGCGAAAACUUGAGGAUUGAAGAGGUACCAGCUGACAUAUCGUCUCUUACCAAGGAAAACUGCUUCAUCCUUGAAGUGGAACAUGACAUUUUCGUAUUGAUGCCUGAAGGGGCUAAGGUGACGCAGAAGCGAAAGAUCAUAAGCGUCGCAAAUAACCUUCGAGAUGCAGAGCACAAUGGACGAGCUAGCAUCGAAAUUAUUGACGAAUAUUCAUCAAACUCCGACUUCACUCAGUUCUUCGAAGCUUUAGGAUCAGGAAGCAUUGAUGAUCUGGUUGAUGAUGACAGCGAAUCUAUAACUGGCUACACAAGAGACAGCGCAGCCGAAGUCUAUUUAUACAGGGUGUUGUAUGAUGACGGAGUGGAGUUAGAUGCCUUGAGGAAACCCUUCAAACAGAGUCAACUAGUUACGGACGGAAUCUACCUAUUGGAUACUCCUGAUGCGGGCGUAUUUGUCUGGGUCGGUAAGGAGAUAGCUGCGGAGAUCAAGAGGAACUACAACGACAUGGUCCAGAAAUAUUUUGAUGUAAAGGACUACCCGGCUUGGGUGAACGUGACUGUACUUUCCGAAGGCAUGGAAAGCAGCACCUUCAAGCAGUACUUCCACAAUUGGCAGACCAUUUCAGCUGCUUCAUCCGUUAGGGCCAGAGUCUCAGAAUUAGACGCUGGCUAUUACUCGAACGAUGCUGACGAGGCCGCGACGGUGGCUAAGUAUAUAGGGAAGAGCGCCGCCGCUCGUGGUUACAUGCCGGAUGAUGGAAGUGGACAUCUAACUGUAUUUAGAGUCGCAAAAGAGGAACCAGAAGAAAUAACAGAGGAAUUAUCCCAAUUUCCCAUUCUCUAUCAGAGUGAAGUGUACGUUUUUGUAUAUCAAUACGACAAGAAUGGCGAUGCUUACGUCCUUUAUAGUUGGAUUGGUGAGAGAGCAGGCGCAGAAACAAAAUUAGCAGGCAGGGAGCUAGCAGCAACAUUGGAGGAUGAUUUAGAGGGAGACGUCAAUGCUGUAAAAGUACCACAAGGGAAAGAGACAAAACACUUCGUGAAGAUACUGAAUGGUAAACUGGCCGUUUUAUACGGUAAUAAAGAUGAUGGUUAUAAAGCUGAUAAUUUCAAUAAUUCCUAUGAAGAAGAUGGAAGAAGAUUAUUCAGAGUAGAAGGUGCAGAUAUAGAUGACAUGAGAAUAAUUCAGGUACCAGAGAACGCUGACUCGCUCCAAGAAGAUGAUGUUUUUAUUCUGGAAACGACAGCUGUCGUCUACGUUUGGAACGGAAAGGAAUCGAACGACAAAGAACAGGAAGUGGCUUUGGAGUUCACAAAGCAAGUCGUCGGAGACCAGUCCGAAGUAACAGCAGUGGAACAAGGUGAAGAGCCAGAGGAAUUCUGGGAAGCUUUAGGUGGUGCCCCAGAAGCGGUAGAGUCCAAAUCCGGAUGGCAAUUAGCUCUUAAUCGCCGUAUCGCAACACCGAUAUCUCUUACAGCUGUGAAUGUAACAGUUCAAGGAAAAAUUAACUUGGAAGAGUUGCCGCCGAACUUUUCACAAAUGGAUCUCUCCGAUGAUGGAGUAUAUAUAUUGGACGGAGGUGAAGAGUUAUACAUGUGGAGAGGGACUAAAAUUCCAAUAAGAGCUAGACUCGCUAAGGACAAGAUAAUCGAGAAAUAUAUAUCCGACGAUGGUUUGGAUCGCACAGUGGAUUCAGCGAUUGUGGUGACAGUGAAACAGGGACAAGAACCAGAAAACUUCAAAAGGUUAUUCCCUGAUUGGGAUGAUGGAUAUUGGGAGAACCAGUUGUCAUAUGAAGAUUUGAAGAACGAGACGAGAGCUGCAAAUUCUAGAGGUUGA